CGAAGUGUCAGAUAGAAAAAUGGCGUUGUGAAGUUGGGUGUGUUAAAGUGUUCUGGCUGUCUUUUCUAAUCAAAAAUCAAGUUUUUAUAAAUAAUUACCAGUGAUCAAUUGAGUGAAUAAAAUAGUGUUAAGUGAGUGGUCAAUAAUAGUAACGACAUUCCUUGUAUUGUGGAUUAUGUGGCAUCAGAUAAUAUGACACUUUUUUGACACUGUCGCAUAUAACGACGCAGAACUUCCAUCACAUCAACUAGUUUCCCAUUUCCGAAAACAGUACCAAACAUCACAACGCUUUUCCAUUCAAAAGACAACGUCGUUUCGUCAACAAAAUUUUUAUUUUUGAUUUUCCUUUUUCGUUCGGUUUUUUUCUUUCUUGAUAUCAUUUGAAACGGGAACGGAAAAUCUGUUUCAAAAAUGUCUUUGGAUUCGAUGGGACCCACAAAAACCGUGCCCGGUUCACGGAUGACACAUUCCCUAAGCACCCCAUCCGGUGUCGAUGGUUCGACGCCUCAUCGUGGUGGCAAAAAAUUGGCGAUACGUAUACAAAUGCUUGACGAUUCGGUGACUAUGUUUCAAGUACAGGCGAAAGCACUUGGCAAAGUCUUAUUUGAGCAGGUUUGCCGACAAUUAAGUUUACUGGAGGCUGACUACUUUGGAUUAGAAUACCAAGAGCAAGAGUCUAAAAUUAAGUAUUGGUUAGAUUUAGAGAAGCCACUGAAUCGUCAGGUGGGUUUGUCGCUGGUCGAGCCAGUACUACGAUUUUGUGUUAAGUUUUAUACUCCUGAUCCGGCACAGCUCGAGGAAGAAUUCACCAGAUUCCUAUUCUGUUUACAAAUCAAACGAGAUUUAGCUACGGGGGUCUUACAAUGCAACGAUAACACAGCAGCCAUAAUGGCUAGUUAUAUCGUUCAAGCUUCUUGUGGUGACUUUGUACCGGAAGACUAUCCCGACCACACGUAUCUAUCAUCGUACCAAUUUGUGCCAAAUCAAGAUGCUUCCAUACAACGAAAAAUUAUGGAAAAUCACAAAAAACAUGUAGGUCAAACACCUGCCGAGGCAGAUUUAAAUUUAUUAGAAACAGCACGACGCUGUGAACUGUAUGGUAUGAAAAUGCAUCAAGCGAAAGACAUUGAAGGUGUCGCAUUGAAUUUAGCUGUUGCACAUAUGGGCAUUGCGGUAUUUCAAGGUAUUACGCGUAUAAAUACAUUCUCCUGGGCGAAAAUACGAAAGAUUUCGUUUAAACGGAAACGAUUUCUGGUUAAGCUACAUCCGGAGGGUUACGGGUAUUACAAGGAUACGGUCGAGUUCUUUUUCGAAGGUAGAAACGAAUGUAAAAACUUUUGGAAGAAAUGUGUGGAAAAUCAUGGAUUCUUUCGGUGUACGGCUGUUCAAAAUACACCGCGUCGGAAGGCUAAAGUAUUAUCGCGUGGCAGUUCGUUCAGGUACAGUGGCAAAACACAAAAGCAAAUCAUCGAAUUCGUUCGGGACAACUAUGUGAAACGACAAACAUUUCAAAGGUCUCAGUCUUUCCGUCAGGGCCCACUUCACGCUAGUAGUCGAAGUCAAUCUCACACUUCGUGCAAUGUGAAUUCCAGCAUCUCAGCUCAUCCAUUGCUACCAAUUGAGACUGCGGAAUGGUCCAGUCGCAGUCCGAACAAAGGAUCGAUGACGCCUUCUCAGAUGAGGAAGGGAGCGGAUUCAUCGAAUCACCGACACGAAACUCCUAUCGACCACACCCGAUCUCAAGUCACAGCAGCCCAGGUGGAGACCUAUCAGACGAAGACAUAUGCACCCGAAUCUCCGCAGCCAGUUCCGGACCAAUCGGAUUUGAGUCACUCUGUAUCACCGGUGGGCACAUGGAAUACCCGCAACAACAACCACCACCUCAACAACAAUACCAGAGAAGUCGAUCGGGCUCGUGUGCGUCCAGACGUUCCCAGUUCCGACAUUUACCAUGGCAUCAACGGCAACGUUUCGCUGGAUCGUCGUGGUGAAUUAGUUACAUCACCGCAACACCGAUACGAUCUGACACUGGGAUCGGACAAAUCGUCGUCACUGUCACGGUCCGAGGCCGGAGUGUAUGACAUUAGUCAGGCGGAAAGUCGUACAAAGUCACAAGACGAUGCCAAUCAAAUCAAUAAUAAUUCGGUCAUAAAUGGCAACGGGAACGGAACGCUGGAGUCGUUGGAUGGGGAUGCGAAACGACGGAAGUGGCCAACCGACAAAUCGUAUUUUUUGGCUAAAGAAAUAUUGAUGACUGAGCGUACAUACAAAAAGGAUUUGGAUAUUUUGAACUCGUGGUUCAAAGAUGAAUUAUCACCAGAAAUUGUAGACAGUUUGCAGCCUCUAUUCCAAUUAGUCGAAUCCAUGAUCCAACAUCAUUCCGUAUUUUUACGCGAUCUGGAACAUCGACUCCUGUUAUGGGAGGGACGUGGCAGUCACGAUACACAUAAAAUUGGCGACGUUAUGUUCAAAAAUAUGCUCAUACUGCCGAUUUACGAAGACUAUCUGGAGAGUCAUCGUGAGGUUAUCGAACAUCUGCACGAUUUGUAUGAAAAUGAUGAACGAUUCCAGCAGAUCUAUCGAGACUUUGAGCAACAAAAAAUCUGUUACGUUCCGAUUGGAAUGCUUGUGCUGAAACCGCUUCAUCGCCUGUUGCACUAUCAACUUAUUUUGGAACAACUGUUGGACCAUUACGGUCCCGAUCACAGCGAUCGAACCGAAUGCCAGGGAACACUUGUAAUGCUAUCGCGAACAACGGAAAAAAUCAAGGAACAACUGACCGAUUCGGAAAAUUUCAUCUUGCUCUGCGAACUACAGCGUGACAUUAGCGGUUUCGACAAAUUGGUACAAAUGGAUCGAUUACUGAUACGGCAAGGCUGUUUAUUGAAACAUUCCAAGCGCGGUCUGCAACAGAGGAUGUUCUUUUUGUUCUCUGAUGUCUUACUGUACGGCUGUAAAUCACCGGUAACUCAAGCAUUUAAAAUUCUCGGUCACGUUCCAGUUCGGUCAAUGUUAACCGAGAAUGCCGAACACAAUGCCUUCAUCAUCUUCGGAGGACAUCGAGCAAUUACAGUUAGUGCUGGCACAACAGCCGAAAAGACAUUAUGGUUGGCCGAACUGUCAAAAGCUGCAACGGACAUUAAAAAUAGACCUCACGUCCAGUUAUCGAUGGGAACUUUGAGGAAUUGCAGUUCGUCUGAAGAAGGCCUGGAAACGUGUGGACUAAAUUCAUCGAUUGGCCAAAAGACACCACCGUCUCGUAGCAACACAGCGCUACAUGUGUGCUGGCAUCGAGGCGCAACGGUCGGUCUACACGAUCAUUUGAUUGCUGCGGAGAAUCAACUUUCCGGGUAUCUGUUGCGCAAAUUUAAAAAUUCGUCCGGUUGGCAAAAACUGUGGGUGGUCUUUACGUCGUUCUGUCUGUUCUUUUACAAAAACUAUCAGGACGAAUUUGCAUUGGCUAGUCUUCCGUUGUUGGGAUAUUCCGUUGGUCCUCCAGGUUUUCAAGACGUUGUUCAGAAGGAGUUUGUCUUCAAGCUGUCGUUCAAAAAUCACAUCUACUUCUUCCGAGCAGAAAGUGAGCACACAUACGAUCGCUGGCUGGCCGUGUUGCGUAGUACAACUCAAUCGCAAGAUUUCAAAAAUAUGGUCAAUUGAUGUCCAGUCGGAACGUUUUGAAAGGAAUGAAUAAGAUCCUCAUCCCGAUCUUGUAUGUGUGUAGGCGAGCGUGGAAACCGUUUUGUGGAAUGCAUUUCGAGUGGAUGCUGUUUAGCAUUUGUGUGUUUUUGUUAUUAUAAAAAGUGACUGAAGCAAAGUGAUGAAUGAUGAAACGAUUGACGUGAUGUAAAUAACAUUUUUAUUUCCAGUGGGAGUCCUUUUUUAUUAUGAAAAAAUUGAAAUUGUUCACAAUUCGUGUCUUAUUAUACAUAAAAUUGAUUAAUGUGUCUUAAAGACUUCAAUGUAUUAUUGCGUAGGAAGAAGAGUUUGUAACACAAUUUAUUUAAAUUAAACAACAGAAAACAAA